AUGGCGUCCAUACCCUCCACCAUGAAAGGCGUGAUCAUCGAGAAGAACGGCGGCAGCGACGUCCUGCAAUACAAAACCGACCUGCCCGUUCCUGAACCAAAAGAAGGGCAGAUCCUCGUGAAGAACGACUACAUUGGCAUCAACUACAUCGACACAUACUUCCGCACUGGCCUAUAUCCCGCCCCUCGAAUGCCUCUCAUCCUCGGCCGCGAAGCCGAGGGCACAGUGGUAUCCACCGGCUCCGGCGAGACCUACGGACUGAAGGAGGGUGACAAAGUCGUAUGGAUGGCGGAGGGAGCAUACGCCGAAUACACCGCCGCUCCGGCCGCGAAAGCCGUCAAGGUACCUUCAGGCGUGGAGCCGAAGAUCGCGGCCGCGGCUCUGCUACAGGGAAUCACAGCCUUGACGCUGGUGAGGGAAAGUCAUGCUGUCAAGAAAGGGGAUUGGGUAUUGGUGCACGCGGCGGCAGGUGGAGUGGGACUGUGGUUGUGUCAGUUGUUGAAGGCGAUUGGCGCGAACACAAUCGGGACUGCGUCAACACAGGCCAAAGUCGACUUGGCGACAAAAGCAGGAGCUACACACAUGAUCAACUACUCCGAGGAGAAAGAUGUGAAGGGCAAAAUCAUGGAGCUCACAGGCGGGAAGGGCGUCAUCGCUGUGUUCGACGGCGUCGGCAAGGAUACCUUUGAUCUCUCCCUCGACGUGCUCGCUCGGAAAGGCAGCAUGGUCUCUUUCGGCAACGCAUCUGGCGCCGUGCCACCCGUCACGAUUGCGAGGUUGUCGGCGAAGAACGCGAGGUUGAUGCGUCCAACGCUAUUCAACUACAUUGUUGAGAGGGAGGAGUUCGAGCAUUACGUCAAAGAGCUGUUCAAGUUCGUGGUGGAGGAUAAGUUGGACGUGAGGAUCCAUGAGGUGUAUCCGUUGAGUGAGGUGGCGAGAGCGCAUGAUGAUAUUGAGGGCAGGAGGACGACGGGGAAGCUGUUAUUGGAUCCAAGCAAGUAGACUAGGACAAUGCGAGAUCGAGU